AUGUUUGGAAGAAGAUUCUUUUCCAUGACUGCGGCGAGAAAAUUAAUUGACAAAUCCAGAUUUAUUCCAAAAACUGGUGUGUAUCCCAAGGGAUAUAGGGUUGGUGCAGUGGCUUCAGGUGUGAAGAAGCAAGGUGCAUUGGAUAUGGCAAUGCUUGUUUCCGAUAGUCCGGCAUCUGCUGCUGCUUGUUUCACCACUAACAAAUUUAAAGCUGCUCCUGUGUUGGUUGAUAAGGAAACUCUCACUUUGAAUAAAGGAGCUGGAAUCAGUGCAAUAGUUGCAAACAGUGGCUGUGCCAAUUCUGUGACCGGUGAUGGAGGUCUUGAAGAUGCAAAAAAGAUGAUUGAGACAGUCGAUAAAAGCCUUGGAGUGGGAAAUGGUCAUCGGUCAUCAUUAGUGAUGUCUACUGGUGUUAUUGGGCAGAGGCUUCCAAUGGAUCAAAUAAUUUCGGGAAUUAAAAGACUAUCGAAAGGUGAUCUGCUUGGGUCUGAUCACAAGCAUUGGCUUACUUGUGCCAGGGGAAUUAUGACAACUGACACUUUUCCAAAACUUGUGUCUAAAAGAUUUACGAUGGGAAAUAUACAGUAUACAUUGGCAGGUCUUGCAAAGGGUGCCGGUAUGAUAUGCCCUAACAUGGCAACAUUGUUGGGAUUCUUUGUGACAGAUGCACCAGUAGAGCCUAAGGCAUUGCAAAGUAUACUAAGCAAAGCUGUGAGCCAGUCGUUCAACUGCAUUUCGGUUGAUGGUGAUAUGUCUACCAAUGACACCAUAAGUGCAUUGGCAAACGGUGCUGCUGGUGGUGAACUUAUUACACAGGGCCAUCCAAAUUACAACAUACUUCAGGAAGAAGUGACCGACUUCGCCAAAACCCUUGCCCAGUUAGUGGUUCAUGAUGGUGAAGGAUCCACUAAGUUCAUAACAUUAAAGAUAAACGAUGCUAUAACUUAUGAGGAUGCCAAGAAGGUUGCCAACAGUAUUUCUAACUCACCUCUCUUCAAAACUGCUAUGUACGGAGAGGAUGCCAACUGGGGCAGAAUUCUUUGUGCCACAGGAUAUGCAGGUGCAGAAGUCAAUCCUUCCAAGACGAAUGUGUCGUUUGUUCCUACAGAUGGGUCUGCAGAGCUCAAGUUGCUCGUGAAUGGUGAACCUCAAAAUGUUGAUGAGGUCAGAGCAAGCGAAAUUCUAAAGAAUGAGGAACUUGAGGUGAAGAUUGACUUGGGUACUGGUGGUGGCCAUUCGUGUGAGUUUUGGACUUGUGAUUUGAGUCAUGAUUAUGUUAAAAUAAACGGUGACUACAGGUCGUAA